AUGGCUCCUCUCGCCAAAUCUCUGGCCCUCGCCGGCUCUCUCUUUGCGGCCUUCGCCGCUGCAGCCCCCGUCAACAAGCGCGGCAAUGUCGUCGUCUAUGAGACGGCGACCACCGUCGUCUGGACCACCGUCGAUGUGACUACCACCGUUUAUGGUGCUCAGCCCACCACCGAGGCCCCCGCGCCUCCCCCCACCACUGUCGUCUCCGUCACCCACGCCGUUCCCACCGAGACUCCCGAGCCCACUCAGCCCGAGGAGACUCAGCCCGUGGAGACCCAGCCUGCGUCGUCCGCGCCGACCACCACUGCCGCUCCCACGACCGUGGCGCCUGCUCCUCAGCCCACCGUCCCUGCCCAGGAGCCCACGACCCUCGGAGAUCCAGGCCACCACUACCGCUGUUCCCAUCACCUCCUCCUCCACCACAGUCCAAGCUCAGUCGAACUAGUUCGGCACCUCCCACUGGUGGUAGUGGCAGCAGCAGCAGCAGCAGACUACUCCGGUGCCUGCUCCAAGGAAUCGCCUUGCACGAGUCAGGUCACCUUCUAUGACACGGCCACCUCGGCCAGCGCCCCCAGCAGCUGCGGCUACACCAAUGAUGGUGAGACGGAGAACGUGCUGGCGCUCCCUGUGGGCAUCAUGAAGGACAGCGACUGUGGCCGCACGGUGACCAUCAAGUAUGGCGGCUCCACCAAGACCGGAAAGGUGGUCGACAAGUGCAUGGGAUGCGACAGCACCUCGAUCGACCUGUCCCGCCACUUCUUCAGCGAACUGGCGGCUUUCGCUGAAGGCCGUCUCUUCGGUGUGGAAUGGUGGAUGGAGCUACCCCUGAGUGCUCGGACGAUCCAGCACCGCCACUGCCCAUCCGUCGAUAGUGUCGUCCCGGAUGACAUCCGCGGACGCCUAAUCUGA